AUGACAACUAUUUGUCUUAUUACGAUUUUGAUCAUUAUAAGUUCAAUAUUAUAUCUCUAUAAACCUAUACGUAAAUUAAUUCAACAAAAAACAAUUUAUUCAUCAUGUUUCAAAAUACCGAAAUCUGAUUAUGUUCCUCUAUUUGGUCAUUUGUUCUCGUUAGCUGGUCAAGUUUCAAAACGAGCGGCUAGUUCAAAGCAUAUAAAUAAAUCACCAGAUUAUGCAUUGCUUGACGAUUGGUUGAAAACGGGAUUGCUCAUUAGUUCAGGUAAAAAAUGGAAAACACGUCGACGAAUUAUUACUCCAUCAUUUCAUGAUAGUAAUAUUUUGUCUAAUUGUAUUGAUACAUUUAAUGAACAAAUAGACAUUGGCCUAAAAUGUUUUCAGAAAUUAGCUGAUCAAAAUGUGGAAACUAAUUUAUAUCCAUUAAUUUCGGCUUGGACACUUGAUGUUAUUUGUGAGACAGCAAUGGGUAAAACAGUUCGAGCACAAACUGAAGAAUCUGAAUAUGUACAAGCUGUUAUAAGAAUUACGGACCUUUUAGCUUUACGAAUGCGUUCACCAUGGUUAUGGCCUCGACCAAUAUUUAAACUUUCUGCUUUAGGUCGUGAACACGAUCACCUUCUGAAUAUUAUACAUAAAUUUACUCGACAAGUAAUCCAAGAUCGUAUUGCUGACUUUUCUUCAAUGCAUGUUCGACAUCGCAUGGCAUUUCUUGAUACGCUUAUUGGAAAAAUGCAUGAUGAACAAAUGUCAAUUGAUGACAUACAAGAAGAAGUCGAUACAUUUAUGUUUGAAGGUCAUGAUACAACAGCAACUGCACUUAAUUUUGCUUUAUUUAUGAUUGCACUUCAUCAGAAUAUUCAACAACGUUUAUUCGAAGAAAUGCAAAGAAUAUUUGAAAAUGAUAAUGAACGUACAUGUACUCUUGAUGAUGUUAAACAGAUGGAUUAUCUUGAAUGUGUUAUCAAAGAAACUUUAAGACUUUUACCGUCUGUUCCUAUGAUUGGACGAGAAAUCCAAGAAACUUUUCAAUAUAGUCUGAUUUUUUUAAAUGAUUCCUUUUUCAAUCACUUUUUCUUUAUAGAUGGUAAAACGUUUGUGAAAGGUACAACAGCUAUAAUAUUUAUCUAUGAGAUUCAUCGUGAUCCACAACAUUUUCCUGAACCAGAUAAAUUUGAUCCUGAUCGAUUUUCACCUGAAUUAGUUCAACAACGACACCCUUAUGCAUACAUUCCGUUUUCUGCUGGUCCACGAAAUUGUAUUGGUCAACGUUUUGCUAUGCUUGAAGAAAAAGUGUUUCUUUCAACAAUAAUUCGUCGAUUUCAUCUAACAACAAGUCAAAGUUAUGAAGAUUUUGUACCAACUGAACAAAUAAUUCUUCGUUCUGAUAAUGAUCUCAAAGUGAAACUUAGAUCACGUAAAUAAAUCGAUGCUUUAGUUUUAUGGAUUUAUACAUAGUAUAUGUAAUAUAUACUAGAAAAGAAACCAUUGAUUUCAAAAUAAAAGACUUAUAUUCUUGAGAAUAGUAUAUUGAUUCAUUUUACGAAAAUCCUGAUGUAAUAGGAUUUACAGAAUAUACAUAAAUAAUUAGUCUAUUGAUUUGAAAAGAGUUGAGAAAAGAAAAUGAGAUUUACGAAAUGUUUCAAGGCUAUUUAGCUGAUUGAAAAGUCUGUUGACAUUUAUACCAUGAUUUGACAAGAGAAAAAUCAUUUUUUCAAUUAAAAUUUUAAGAAAUAUGAUCGAUAAGCCACUGCAAUACAGUUUAGAAUUCACAUGAGAUCUUUCAUGAAUAUUGAUAGAAACUUAAUUUAGUCUCAAUAUAGUAGAUAUAGAAAUCUAAAUUUACAUCUCUAUGUCUUCAAUACACUAGAAUUCGUGGGUUGCGUGUCAGAAUUCGAAACUUUGAGACUCGAUAGACUUAAGUCAUGUGAGUAUUGUGUAAAGUAUGUUAUUCAUUGAAUAUAACAAGCUGGAAAAAAAGCAUCAUGUAUGUUCGGUGAGACUAUCCGAUUCCAAUUAGAAAAUUUCACUUAAAAUAUCAAAAUAAGGGCGCGAGUGAAGAAAAAUCGUUCAUCCACG